AUGAAGAUAUAUGAGGUGUUAGUAAAAAUUAUAAAAGACAAUAUUAACAAUGAUAGGCUUUUUGAAGCAUACAAGACCCUUAAGCAGCCUCUUGUUGCUGAGGCUAUCACAUAUCGUUGUGACCGAAAUCGUGAACUGAUAAUCGGUCGAUAUCUCAAGGUAUUUGAACUUCAGACCGAAGGCUUUUAUUGUUUCAUCUCUGUGGUGGAAAUAGUUGGACGUGGAAUCUAUCGUCGAAGAACAUUGUCCCGGUUCACUUUGCCAACAAGGGUGCUAGAUUUAUAUUACCUUUAUGACCUCUUUAGAGCCAUGUUUUGUUUUCGAAAUGAACUAGCAGCGUCAUUAAAUAUUAUCCAGAAACUCAAAAUUGCAAAGGCCCGAAAACUUAAAAUAGACGACCCAGUUGGUGAUUAUAUGUUGCGGGUGCCACCUUCAUGA